GUUUUACAAACGGUGAUGGAGCAUUUGGGAGAGACAUUAGAUGGAGUUCUUAAAGGAUUGGAUAAGCCCCAUUGUACCGAUGCCAAUUCGAGUGGGAUCUACGAUAUAGUCAUCUCCAACUUUAGUGAUGAACCUUUUAAAGUUGCCUGCGAUGCGGAAACUCAAGGAGGAGGAUGGACUAUUAUACUGAGACGGAUGGAUGGAAGUGAGAACUUUUAUAGAAACUGGACUGAGUACAAAAAUGGAUUCGGAGAUCUGGGUGGAGAGUUCUUUUUAGGAUUAGAAAAAAUACACGCACUUACUAAUGAGAGGGAACAGGAGCUACUUGUUGUUGUCGAGGAUUUCAAGGGAAUUGAAGCAUUUGAGAGAUAUGAUGAUUUUGCAAUUGGCAACGAGGAUCAAAAAUAUAAAUUACACACUCUAGGAAAAGCCAGUGGAACUGCAGGUGAUUCCCUCAGAAGACAAGAGGGCCAAAAAUUUUCCACAUAUGAUCAGGACAAUGAUAUUCAUGAUGAAAGCUGCGCCAAGAAGUUCACUGGUGCCUGGUGGUACCAAAAGUGUCACAACAGCCACUUGGCCGGCAAAUAUAAUGACAAUAGCUUUGGCAUUGGCGUCAAUUGGGAUGCUUUUCGAGGUCCGAGGUACUCUUUGAAAAAGGCCAUGAUGAUGAUACGGCCAAAGAAAUGAACACUAAGCCUAA